CAAACUCUAAACUCGAAGAAACAACAUCAUUCGAUCCGGAAUAGACGGGUCUAGAUUGGCUACUGCGUCCGUCAACAUCUGAGACAUUGUCUUUCUUUGUUCAACCUUGACCCACGCCAAGUGCAGCCCUGCCAUUGCCUCUUCUACCCUGUACUCAGUCUUCUACAGAUCGCGAGCAUGCUGGACGCCAUCUUCCCGACGACUUCAUUUCGGAAAGCGCUUCCUCCCCAGCAAUAGGAAUGGCCGAAUCUUCCACCACGUCUGCCCAAGUCCCCUUGCCGGCACUCGGCCCUCCUUCAGCCCCGCCUGAUGCUCUCCGCUGUUGUUGCGGUCAGGCCGAUUGCGUCUUCCUGCGAUACAACUGCUCCGUUCUUGACAGCGUAGAGAAGGAUGUCCACAAUGCGGCAAAGGUUGGCCAAGCCCUUCUGGCCCGUCAUGAGGCUUACAUGGCCUCCGCCCAGCGGGAUCGCAUGGAGCUCAAUGCGCGUAUCGUCUUUCUCGAGUCUGAAAACGCCGCUCUCGAGGCCAGAAAUGCCAACGUGGUUGACGAGAACCGCGCUCUGCUCGACCAGCUAGAACAACUCAACAGCAGUGUCGCCGAUUCGGAAAUCAAGGUUCGCAGCCUGGAGGCCGCAUUACAGACUGCGCAGCAGUGUGUCCGGCGGUUGGAGGGUGCGACAGACAGGGCCGAAGACAUGGAACGGCAUAUCGCUGUCCUGGAGUCGGAGCAGGCGGCAUUGCAAGGCACCCUUUCGCAAUCUGAAGAGGAGGUCAGAAGUGCUGUAUAUCGCUGGAAACAGGCGGAACGGGGAAUCGGCGACCUGCAACAGCAGUUAGACCGCUUGGAGAAGGAAGCUAGGGAAGAGCGCGAACGGCAUGUCGAGGCCAUCGGGCGGAUAGAGAGGCAGCGCGCCGUGGAAAAGGACCUCCAUACCGCAGCAGGCCGGCUGAAAGGUGCCGCAGCAGCGAGGUCCCUCAACGGCAACAAGGAUGGAAGCAGCGUGGUCUCGCACUUCGUCCGAGACCUGCUACAAGACAAUGCCAACCUCCAACUUGGAAUGGCGGAGCUGCGCGAGAUGCUCGCCAACUCGCACGACGAAAUCCAGAUGUUGCGAGAACACGUCCUCUAUCACCAACCGGUCGAAGACGGGGCCAGUUCCUCGUCGACACUCAGGGCAGAGCUGGGCCCACCUGAGCAGGCCGAGGUGCAGAACGUUUCGCAGGAACUGCAUGUCCACCACCACUACCAUGUCGCGCAGAACACCCAGUCGAAGAAACCCAAGAGGCGGAGGCAAGCACUCACCCCGGCCAUCUUCACGCUGCCCAGCAUGUCAUCGCCAUCGACACCGCCUCGCAGUCCAUGGCGGUUGAACCGGUCCUGCCCCGCGUCUACCGUUCUGUCCCAUUCGGCGAAACCCUCCUCGACUUCGACAAUCUCGCUGCCUUCGAAUCGAUGGUCUCUGUUGUCAGAUCAGCCCUCCGAUUUUGCCCCGUCGUCUGUCCCUAGCACUCCGCAGUCAAAUGUCGGGAACGCCAUGUUUGACCACGGAGUUUCUGAUAUGUCAUUGCCGACAUCUCCCACCACGAGUGCCGACCCGACAUCACCGUGCUUCCGAUCUGCGUAUGGGAAGCCGGGAGUUCAGUAUCCGACUGCGAAUUUCCCCAUAUCCCACGCAUUUUCGGAUGACACUUCUCCCCUCCACCAGGAAACCGAACAGUCGCAGAUAUUAUCGACAUCGCUUCGGGAGUCCGUGACCAACGCACACGAGGAAGAACCUCAGCCGUCGCAAGACUCGAAUAUAUCCUCGACCGAGGAUGGUUCCUUCCGCACCGCCCUGGCAACAACGCCAACUGACGAUUCGACCAUUGUAAUUUCUAAUGAAGAGACAGCACCCGAGGGAGGUUCGUUUUCCGACGCGACGUCGUCCGAGUCCGAAUUCGAGUCCGAGUGUGAGCCUGAGCCUCAGCCUGAGCCUGAGCCCGAGCCCGAGCCCGAGCGUUUUGAUCCUGGCGUCGUCCAACUCCCAAAAUCGCUUCGUCGCGCCGUUUCACACGAGUCGAUAAUGUCACUCUCCAACGGACUUGACAUCCAUACCCUUAGGUCACGCCCCGCACAGCUAGCUUUGAGACCUCUAGUAGCCUCCACUGCAGGCACAGGGUUUAGCCCGGUUACGGCGAAACCCACAAUAUCCAGGGGCGGCGGCGAGGGGAAGAGGGGCAGUGUGAUUCUCCGAGACAACCUAGCUCUCACCAGCCCGGGAUUGCUGGUGCCAAGGACUGGAGCAGGUAGCAGGGCCGUGUGGGAUAACCCCAUCCGCGAAAGCAUCCGGCGACCAAGCCCUUCGCCUCGCAUUGCUUCGUCGGGCACAAGAGCCCUCGGCAAGCUCGUGUCGUGGAGGCCUUGGGGCGGCGGGGGUAACCUGUCGCAAGCGUCGACCGCCGAGGAACCCGCGUCACCCACCGGGGGCUCCGAACCCCCAAAUUCGGGGACUCCGAUUCCAAAACCUUCCUCGCCCUCCCAAACCCUGUCGCCCCCAGAAGGCACUACUCAGCUGCUACGCAGUCCCAGCCCCUCGAAUAUGCCAUCGUCGUCUCGAGAGCGGGACUUCUUCUCCAGAGCUCCGGGCAUCAACCAGCCCGGCGCGAUCCCUGGUUUCUACGAGUACUGGGCGGCCCACCAGCGCCGGGGGCCGCCGAGCAAGGUGUGUCCCGACGUUGUGGACACCGAGGCCCUGAGAGAUGGCUUGGAGGGCCUGUGAAGCCGCCGGUACAUGUGGGCUGAUGGCAAAGGGGCCUGCGAGAUUGUAUCCAUGGGUGUGCAUCAUUGCAUUGGGUUGCGUUGGAUGUUGAUUCCAUGUUGACGGUCGUUCAUUGCAUCAAUUUUCCUUUUCAUUUUGUUCAAUACUUCGUUGUUAUUACUUUCAGUUUGCACCAGAUUCACAGCGUUUGACUGGGCAGGGGCGUUUCGAAGGUCACUGGUGGUUUCCCCUAGCCAUGAGAGCUUCCAUGGUAUGGGGGUGGGGCGCUUUUGCAUUUGGGUGGUUUCGGGUGGU